AUGUUGUCAACCCGAUUUAAUCAAUUACUCACAUAUGAUUCCAUCACAAAGAAAUCCAGUAUAAAUCAGUCUAUCUCUUUACCCAUCACACCACCUACAGAUGAUGAUGAGGACGACGAUGAGGAGGAGGAUUGGAACUCGUAUGAUGAUCCACACUUAUUACCGAGGCCAUCCAACCCAAUAUCAUCUGUCCUUGAUGGCAAUUACUUUGACAUUAAUUACAAUCGAAAGGCCUCUACAACAUCCACAACCAGUAGUAGCAGUAUAGACCAACCACAAGAAAUAGAGGAGGGCCAAGUACGACUACGUACAAAGGGAUCUGGAUUUUUACGCGGCCAUUUCUCCAUCCCGCAUGAUCAUGUACUCAAUUGGGCGCAAGAACAAAAUCAGUGUGAUGCAAGACUGAUCAAGAUUCAAUCUGUCUGUAUUGAAAAUAACAAAUUCUCUCCGAAUCAUAAUGUUGUGAGUUUAAUCGAACCCACGGGAAUUUCCAUCAUUUCAGAUAUCGAUGAUACAAUUAAGGAUACACAAAUUAAAGCAGGUGCUAGAACCGUCUUAUCAAAGACCUUCUUUGAACCUACCAAAGGGGUGACUGGCAUGGCAGAUGCAUAUAUGUCUUGGUAUUCUCAAGGCGCUUCUUUUCAUUAUGUGUCGAAUAGUCCGUUUCAACUGAUGCCCAUGUUGGACAGUUUUAUACGUGACUCCCAGUUUCCUCCUGGCUCAAUGCAUCUUCGUGAUGAUGGUAAACUAAUCGCACGAUUGGUUGAAACACCGGGUCAAGCCAAACGAGAGGCAAUUCUAGAUAUUUUGCGCGACUUUCCACACCGUCAUUUUAUCUUGAUUGGAGACUCUGGUGAAAUAGAUUUAGAGAUAUAUACCCGCAUAGCCAUAGAAUACCCUGAACAAAUCUUAAAGAUCUAUAUCCGUGAUGUAACCACACCCACUAGAACAGAGUUGCAACAAUCCAUGACGAGCGUACGACAAAAAUCAAGCCUAUCCUCACUUUUUUACCCCAAACGUCGAUCACAGUCGGAAUUCAUCUACAAAAAGAAGCAUCGAUCUCCGCUGGGGAUGCGUCGAGCAGUGACGACGAUGCUUGCAGAAUAUGCUGUCGAACCUCACUUGACAGGUCACAGGAGCACACUUCAUAUAGAUGAUACUGGUGAGCAGAACUUGGACGGUUUAUUGGAUCCACUUCGAUUUCAAAAGGUGUCCUCCGUCGAGGCCUGCGCUCAAUUAUAUCAUCGGUUAGAAAAAGCAAGAAAUAGAGUUGCCAUUGACAUCAUCUUAUUCCAGGAUCCGGAUACUUUACGGCGUGAUACAGAGAUUACAAACUCACUUUGGGAUAUGUGGGAUGACCAGAGUAAUCUCUCCGACCCAUUGUAA